CAGUGGUGCCUGCUUAGUGCUUAGCAACCCGAGACCAACUUCACUUCCGCCGUGUCACUUCUGCUGCGGCGAAAUCAUAACACCACGAGACGACCUAGGCUGGGCUACUGACUUAUUUCCAGCCCUGGUGUUGGGCACAUUGUUUUCUGUUUAACCAGUUUGUAAAUUUAAGUGGCUGUAUCGACGGAUAUAAGAAAAUAUCGACAGAACGAAACUGACAAAGGAAAUUCCUCCAGAUGCAACAGUCGACGCACAUUGGGCGCACGCGCUCACCAGCAUUUCGCAGCAUGGUGCGAGGUGCCACGGGUGGAGGAGAGAUCUGGUCGCACACCAACGAGGAUUUGAAGAUGGGCCAGUACGGAUGGCGCUGCACCAACAGCGAGGACCUCUAUGAGUCGGACACUCUGAUCGGCAACUGGAAUGAAGAAAGAUUUGACCUGAAGGAAAUCAAGAAAAACAAACCUUUGCCGUCUCAG